UACAAAAGUUUUCGUCUGCUGGCGAGAGUCGUCUGUGGUCGUCAGCUGAUGUUUCUGGAGAACGAGCGAGUGUUUGGCUUCCUGUGAUUCUUAGCAAAUAGCUAGAAACAAAGAAGGGAAAUAGAUCAGCUUUGCCUGGUCUGUUGUAGCUGCCGUCUGCAUGUGAACUAAAUUUGGAUAUACAAAGCCAGCAGAUGUGGCUGCAGGUGUGCGACGCGCCAUAACCCCGAGGAACUGUCCCAUGUGUUACCUGGAUCACAAGGCGGACUCUUAGCCCAAGGGCGGAGGAGUGGGACGGUAUGUUUGACCCCAUAUUGGUGGUGGCCUGCUGUGCUGGGAUUGGGUUAACACUCUCGUAUUUUACACUUGGAAAUUCACGGAUGCCCCAUCACACUCAGGAAGAGGAUUCAGGCAACUAUUAUGGUGAAGGAAAAACUCGGUGCAAGGAACUGUGGGCCAGCUGCCACGUACUGGGUAUAUCAAGAGAAAAUGUUAUGUUGUAUCGCUGUGAUGACCUGCCAGAUGACCCAGAUAUCAUGUGGCCAACAGUGAAGACGGCCAAUCUCAUCAACCAGUACCUUCACGCACUGGACAUUGAUAUGGUGGUGACAUUUGACACUGGAGGAGUCAGUGGCCAUAUAAACCAUUCAGCAUUAUUUUCUGCUAUUCAACACUUGGUAGAAGAAGAAUAUUUGCCAGAAACAUGUGAAGCAUUUUCCUUAGACACAGUAAAUAUCCUUAGAAAAUACUCUUCUCUCCUUGAUGUUCCUCUGAGCUAUGCACUUUCUUUGUGUGCCUUCACUGUAGACCGCAAACGGCACUCUAUUUUACAGAGUGCCAUGAGAGCCCAUAAGAGCCAAUAUGUAUGGUACAGAAAACUAUACAUGUAUUUCUCUCGAUAUGUCCUCAUCAACACACUCUCCAGAAUCACUCCAUAAUCGUGAAUGAUGUGAUGGAUUAUCAUCUUCCUCCUGCACCUCUUUGAGGGGAGGCCAGGUUCUGGUUCUGACCCCCAGUAGGCCUAAGAAAUCCAUGGCUGAUGCAACCUAGUAGUUGGAAGCUAUGUCAGCAAGAUGAUUCAGGGAGCCACAAAGGGCUCCUCCCAGAAAGCUGAAGCAGACGGAAAUGGACAAGCAGCAGGAUGGGUCUGGCUAAUGGCUACUGAAGUUCACCUCAAACAUUUGCAAAAUAAUGAGCAAGAGUCAGGACCUCCAAAUUAUGAGCUGACUGUAUUCACCAAGUGAAGGGUAUUGAGGGAGUUGAAUGCACUUGGAGUGAUAGUAGUUGCUAUUUCUAUUGAUUUAAAUGUAUACUGUAUAUAUAUAUAUAUAUAUAUAUAUAUAUAUAUAUAU